AAAGCUGUUAAUGCAAUGGAAUUCUGUAUUUUAAUCAAACUCCGUACUGAGCGUGUGAAUUUCAAAUAGAAGACAGAUUAGUAAGAAAGUGGAAAAAAGGUACGGAGUUCUAGAUUUUAAAUCUCAACUGAUCGUAUGAUCAAGUAUUCAAAGUGAAAGAAGAUGGCAGUCGUGGCAGACACACAGAGAGCAGUGAGCGUCCUGCAGGGUCUCCAAGGGAGACUCGUAGCUGCAGGAGAACCAGAGCUAGGUGAACAGUUUGCUUCCAUGAUAGACCUCCUGGCCAGCCCUUCCUUCAGGCACCUUCUCAACCUUCAGCAGUCAGUACGUGAGCUCAAGCACCACAUCGACAAUGGUCCUCCGGGUCAAACGGUGGAGGAUUUCAGCUUCACCCGCGAAGGACAGCUGGUGGUUCCAGAACAAGAGUCGGACCACGAACCUGAGCAGCCGUACCGCGUCUCCAUUGGCCCCCAGCAUCCGUAUGCCUUUGAGAACAAGAUGUUCGAAGGGGACGAGGCAGUCAUGAUGAAGAGUGUGGUUGCGCCCGUCGCAUCGGCUCCAGGUCCUCCCAGCGACGAUGACGAUGACUCGGAGGACCAGGAUGAACUGAUGAGGAGCAGGUCAAUUCCUCUAGAACAAGCCAACGAAGACCUGGAGCAAGCUCUCAGGGAACUAGCCCUCGGUAGAGAGGUGUUGAGCAUUGAAUUGUUGAAGUCGGAAGGUCGAGGUCUAGGAUUCAGUGUGGUAGGACUCAAGAGUGAGAAUCAAGGAGAGCUGGGGAUCUUUGUGCAGCAGAUACAGAGGAAUGGUGUCGCAGCAAGAGACGGCAAUCUGCAAGAGAGCGACCAGAUUCUAGCGAUCAACGGCGCCCUCGUUGACUCGAGCGUGUCGCACAAGCAGGCCAUCGGCAUGCUCCAGAAGGUCAAGGAUAAGGUCCACCUCAUCGUGGCCCGAGGGGGGCUGAACAUUCCCACCCCCUCCAAGGAAGAGCCCAACAGCAGGUCUAUGGUGGCCAAUGGACAUCAGAAUGACUUGAGUGGGAAUGGGGAGCACGGGAUGGGAAUGGAAGAGCCAGGCAUGCAGGGAGCCAUGAUGGGGGUUGGGGGCGUGGCCUCUCUAAGCACCAAUCAGGAGCUGCUGAUGCAGAUGGAGCAAGAACCAGAUGAUUAUGCUCUACCACUGUCGGGCGACCUUGACCAAUCCAUGCUUGCCCCUAACAUUGAGGUCAUUGACCUCUACAACAGGGGGUCAGGCCUUGGUUUCGGCAUCGUUGGGGUUCGCGACAUCGGCAUUGUCGUCAAGACCAUCGUACCUGGUGGAGCCGCAGAAGAGGAUGGGCGUCUCCAGAGUGGUGACAUCAUCCUGCGAAUCGGAGAGACCGACCUUGAGGGGAUGAACAGCGACCAGGUAGCCUCUGUCCUCCGUCAGUCCGGCAGCCACGUCCAGCUGGUGGUGGCUCGAGGGGCGCUGCCGGUCAUCCAGACCUCCCCUGGUGGUGCCCCGCCCAUGGACCUGGAGGUGGAGGGAAGGGUAGAGGGGGGUACCAGACUGCCCCCUCAGGGACUGGACCUCCUAGGGCAGGGCCACCUGGAACCAGAUCCCCUUCCCGUCUCACCCCCACCGAACAUGUCAGAGAUGCCAUCUGGUAUUGACUUUGGUGAGGUGUUUGAGGUUCAGCUCGCCAAAGGAAACCAAGGACUUGGUCUCUCCAUUGCAGGCUUCAUCAAGAAGACACCUGAUGGUGAAGAAACUUCAGGAAUCUUUGUGAAGAAGAUUUCAGAGGGGAGUGCCGCAGAUUUGUCAGGAAAUAUCAGAGUUGGUGAUCAGAUCAUCGAGGUGGAUGCAGUGAACGUGCAAGGGUAUGACAACAAGGCCGCUGUGGAUCUUCUACGCCAGACGGGUGCUGUGGUGGUGCUUAGGCUUGUUAGGUUCCCUCCAGAACAAGCGGAGGAACCAACCUUACAAGCCCAUGCCGCACCCCUGCCUGAUCUUGCCCCGCCCUCUCUCCAUGACGACAUGGUACCGGCCAUACCGGAGGUCGCCAUGAUGGUUGCCUCAUCACCGUUCAGUCAAGGAGGAGAUGAUGGGGAGAUGGAACAGAUAGGGCAGAUGGAGGAGAGCUUUGAGGGUGAAUUGAGUCCUGAAGAGGAGAUAGCUAUCAUGGCUCUAUGGCAAGGCUUGCUUGGACUGGAGAAAGAUAUUGUGAUUGCUCAGCUGUCCAAGUUCCAUGAGGGUGGGAGUCUCGGCAUCAGUCUAGAAGGAACAGUGGACAUUGAUGAGAACGGUCAAGAAAUCCAGCCACACCACUACAUCCGCUCCAUCCAGGCCGAGGGACCGGUCGGUCAGAAUGGGCUCCUGGCCAGUGGGGACGAACUUUUGGAGGUCAAUGGCAUUCGUCUGCUGGGGAAAAACCACGAGGCGGUCGUGAUGAUCCUCAAAGAUCUUCCCCAGCACGUCCGUCUGGUCUGCGCCCGCUCCGCCGGCCUCGUCUUCCCCCAGGCUGUGAUGUCGGACGAGAGUCUACCGUCCAUCGAACAUGCCACCAGUGACAGCGACGAUAUGAAGCUCCCUGACAUUAGCCUUGGCAGCAGCAGUGAGCCAGGGGAGGUGGAGGCGCAGUUCUCGGCCAAUGUGUCUGCAGGGAAGGAGAUGACGACCCCUAUGCUCCCUGCCUUGGAUGACAGUGGAAGUCCUCUGGACUACAGCAACCACACCGAGGCCAGCCAGGAUAAGGACUCCAUGUGGAGCGAUGAGAUUCAGUACAUCGAGCUGGAGAAGGGAGAUAGAGGACUAGGGUUCAGUAUCCUAGACUAUCAGGAUCCAGACAAUCCUGCAGCAUCGGUCAUCGUCAUCCGAUCCCUCGUACCAGACGGUGUGGCAGAACAAGAUGGCCGCCUCAUCCCCGGAGACAGACUUGUUUUGGUCAACGAGUCCAAUCUGGAGAACUGCACACUGGACGCAGCCGUCCAGGUCCUGAAAGGCGCCCCCAGGGGUAUGGUUACGAUAGGCGUGGCCAAGCCUGCUGCUGGGAUGGAAAGCGAGGAGACGCAGGUGGUAAGUGCCACGCCCACCACAGUCCAGGAGUCGCCACCCCCGAUGCCUUCCACCACGCCCAUGCUACCGGACGUUGACAUCUCGCCCCUGGCUGCUGGGAUGAUGGCCAAGGAAGCAAUGGAGGAGGCGGAGAGGGAGUUAGUGGAAGCAGAGAGGGAGAUGGGGAAGGAGAUGGAGGUGGAAGUCAAACCAAUUUCCGUAGAAGUACCUACAGAGCCAGCAAUAGUGGCAGCGAAAAUAUCUGUUGCCCACAGUGCCCCUCCUGCACCCCAACCAGCCGACACCCAACCCCCAACCAUGCCCCCCGAUCUGGUGUCAUCUAUAACAGUGUCGGACGGCCCCAAGCCUCAAGCACCGAUGUCUAAACCCCCUCCACCAGUCAAACCCGGUGUUACUGGAACAGUGGCCAUAGAACAGCCCUCGGCACCCGCCACUCCUCCCCACCCCAAGCGCACCCCACCCAAGCCGCCUCCAAAGCCUGUGCUCCGCCCUAGCCAGUCCUCCUCCGGUACCUCUUCCCCUCGCUCCUCUUCCCCUCGCUCCACUUCCGCUUCUAUCCUUGGUCCCAGGGGGUAUACCCCUCCCGGCACCAAGGGGUUUUCCCCCUCUAGCAGCUUUAGCUCCGGUGGUUCAAUCACUGUCUCACAUCAUCGACAGGCCUCCGCUGAGGAGCGUACCCCAGAUGAACGCACCUCUAAGAUGGUGCCGAUGAAGUCAACCCCGCCCAUCGGUAGGAGGAAGUCGUCUAACGUGGUCCUGCCCCCCUCCCUGGAAGAAACCAUUGUCUUGAAGAAGACAAACGCAGGACUAGGUUUGACGGUCAGUGCCGACAAGGCCAACGGAGUGGUCAUCAAGUCCAUCAUCCGUGGGGGGUGUGUCCAGCAGGACGGGCGUCUCUCGAUGGGAGACUACAUCACGGGGGUCAACGGAGAGAGCAUGCGUAACCUUAGCAACAACACGGCCCGAGGGGUGCUCAGAAGGAGUUUCCUUCAGGGGACAGAUAUCACGGUGACCUACAUUCCAGCCACCAAGGCCGCUGGUCUCUUAGAAUCCUCCUCAGGGUCCCCCAUGGGUACCCCGCCCCUCUCUGCAUUCCGUGCUUCCAGCGUCGUCAGAUCAACAGACAGUAGUCCAUCCAUCACCCCCAACUCCAGCAUGGACAUCACCAUGACAACCCCUCCAAGCCAGACCCCGCCCAGUGAGGAAACAGCUUCAGGGGAGAGUGAAUGGGGAGAUGUGAAGACGGUGACAGUGAACAAGGAGCCUGGACGAAGCCUGGGCAUCAGCAUCGUGGGAGGGCGUGCUGGAGGAGAUGGUGAAGUUGUUCAAGGCAUCUUCAUCAAGCAUGUCCUGGAGAGCAGCCCAGCUUGGAGGACCGGACAACUCAAGACGGGAGACAGAAUUCUAGAGGUGAACGGCUGUGACCUCCGAGAAGCGACGCACGACCAGGCGGUGGCGGUCAUCCGCAACGCAACAAACCCCAUGCACUUCCAGGUCCAGAGUCUGACCCUGGGUUCUCCGGCAGCAAUCAUGGAGGAUGAUGUCACAAAUGGAGGUAGUGUCAUUGCUAUGGCAACCGUGGUCCAAGCAGGAGCCGAAUCAGAUGACAAUUUGGAUGCGACUGAAGAAGGCCGGGAAGUUGACGGAGAAAGCGACAGUGAAUCAGAAGAUGAGUUUGGAUACACUUGGAAGAAAUUGAGUCAGAGAUACAGUGACCUAGACGGAGAGUUGCAUGCGAUUGAGCUGAACAAAGGAGACAGAGGAUUGGGCCUUAGUCUUGCUGGAAACAAGGACAGGAGUAAGACCAGUGUGUUUGUGGUUGGAGUCAACCCUGCAGGAGCGGCCGGUAAAGAUGGAAGGAUACUCAUCGGAGACGAGGUCUUGGAGAUCAAUGGAAUCAAGGUGUUUGGCCACUCCCAUCAGAACGCAUCCAGCAUCAUCGGUGGUCUUGCUCCUGGUCUGGCCAAGGUGGUCAUCCUUAGAAACCAGGAGUUCCUGAAUCAGCUUGCUGUACCACCAGUCAUCUACCCCAAUCAGACAUCACUACCAACCAUCCUGAAGAAGCAAGAAGCCGUCGAUGAGGCUGAGGCUCCCGCCCCUGCUGUUCCAGAACCAGAACCCGAGAUGCCCCUCCCAACCCCUGCAGACUACCCCAACACAAAGAACAUCACUCUCCAGAAAGGCCCCCGGGGCUGGGCUUCGCCAUCUAUGAGAAUGAGGAUGAGAAGGGGUUGUCCGGCAUCUUUGUGAAGGAUGUAACGAUGGGAGGACCAGCUGCGACGGAGGGCAAUCUAAAGGUCGGUGACCAGAUCCUCGCGGUCAACGACAAAUCGGUCAUCGGUCUCUCCAAGCUUAGCGCCAUCAGCGUCUUAAAGGACACCAAGGGAUCUGUCGC